AGAGAGCGAGGAGGAGCGAGGGAGGCAGGAGCGGGGAGAGGGAAGCGAUGUUGAAGCCAGGUUGCCUGAGAAUCUGUACAGUCCCAAGCUGGCCGGGCAGCAGCCGGCAAAGAGGGCGAGAGGGUGUGCGGCAGAGUCCGGCGACGGACUGAAGCUCCCCGAAGGGUGGUGGACGCCGGAGAAUAGUCGCCGCGGCAAUUGCCGAGCCUCGUGCCGGCUGCCAAGCAUGCCCGGGGCGCUCUUCGGCGGGCUCUUCUGCCUCAGCCUCUACCUCCUGGAGAGUUCCGCCUUCAAUUUAGACGUUACCGAGACCAUCCUCAAGUAUGGAGAGAACGGCAGCUUUUUUGGCUUCUCCGUGGCUCUGCACCAGCAGCUCAGCCCGCAGCCUGUCAGCUGGCUGUUGGUGGGUGCGCCACAGGCAGCUGCUUUGCCAGGUCAAAAGGCCAACAGGACUGGUGGGUUGUACGCUUGCCCCAUGACCCAUGAGAUAAAUGACUGCAAGCGUGUGGCCAUUGACGAGGGAGUUGACCUGAAGAAGGAAAGCAAGGAGAACCAGUGGUUGGGAGUCAGCGUCAAGAGCCAAGGUCCCGGCGGCAAGAUCGUGACCUGCGCCCACCUGUAUGAAGCUCGUAACCGGGUGAAUGAAUCUCUGGAGACGAGGGACGUCAUAGGCCGAUGCUACGUGCUCAGUGAGGGACUGAAGGUGUCUGAUGAGCUGGAUGGCGGAGAGUGGAAAUUCUGCGAAGGGCGGCCACAGGGGCAUGAUCGCUUCGGUUUCUGUCAGCAGGGGGUGGCAACUGGUUUCACUGCUGACAGGCACUAUAUCCUCUUUGGGGCACCUGGCACCUACAACUGGAAAGGAACCUUGCGGGCAGAACUGAGUGGCUUGGAUCUGAGUCACUACGACGACGGGCCGUAUGAAGCCGGGGGAGAAAAGGACCAGGACCCCUCGCUCAUCCCCUUGCCUGCCAACAGCUACCUUGGCUUUUCUCUUGACUCGGGUGUGGGGAUCAUGAAGAAGAACGAGUUGAGUUUUGUAACGGGGGCACCACGGGCCAACCACACUGGGGCAGUGGUCAUCCUGCAACGGGACAAUGUCAACCGGCUGGUACCAGAGUUCAUCCUUUGGGGGGAAAAGCUCACCUCUUCCUUUGGCUAUUCCCUGGCUGUGCUGGACCUCAAUGGUGAUGGCUGGAUGGACUUGGUGGUCGGGGCACCAAACCUCUUUGAUCGCAAGGAAGGGAUUGGAGGUGCAGUCUAUGUAUACAUCAACCAAGCAGGGGACUGGGAGAAUGUCCGCCCCAUCCGUCUCAACGGCUCGUAUGACUCCAUGUUCGGUAUCACCGUGGGGGCUGUUGGUGACCUCAACCAGGAUAGCUUCCAAGACUUUGCAGUGGGAGCCCCGCUGGAUGGUGAUGGCAAGGUCUACAUCUAUCAUGGCAGUAAUUCGGGUUUUGCGAUCAAACCUGCUCAGAUAUUGACUGGGGAGAGUGUAGGCAUCAAGAUGUUUGGAUAUUCCUUUUCCGGAGGGCUGGAUAUCGAUGGCAACCUUUACCCAGACCUCCUGGUGGGAUCACUCUCUGACACAGUAGUGCUGUACAGGACCCGCCCUGUCGUCCACAUCUCCAGAACCAUCACCAUCUCACCACAGAAUGUCGACCUGGAGAAUAUGAACUGCCGCCAUCAAGUAGGCAUCUGUAUGGAUGUGAAAGUCUGCUUCAUCUACACAGCCAACCCCUCGAGCUACAGCCCUCCCAUCGCGCUCGAAUACACUUUCGAUGCCGAUACUGACCGGCGACAAUUGGGCCAAACUUCCAGAGUCACCUUCCUGGGCCGGAAGAUCACAGACCCUGAGCACCAAUACUCUGGUGUAGUGGAACUGCCAGCACAGCAUGCCCGAGCCUGUGCCAAGGCUACGCUGCAGCUCAAGGACAAAAUCCGUGACAAGCUACGCCCCAUUGUGGUGGUGGUGAGCUACAACAUCAAGCAUCCCCGCACCAAGCGCCAGGCCCAAAGUGCCACUCUGGGCCCUCUUACACCUGUGCUGAAUCCCAUGCCACCACGCACCCAGAAGACAGAGGUGAAUUUCCUGAAGCAGGGAUGUGGUGAAGACAAGAUUUGUCAGAGUAACCUGCAGCUGAGCUACCGGUUCUGUUCUCGCAUUGAUGAUGCUACAUUCCAUCCCCUGCCCAGGGAUCCCAAUGGCUUGGAUAAAUUUUCCAUGAGUGACCAAAAAGUCAUAGCCCUUGAGAUCCACAUCACCAACUAUCCCUCAGAUGCAGCAGAGCCACAACGGGAUGGUGACGAUGCCCAUGAAGCCAUGCUGCUUGUUAUCCUGCCACCUACCUUGCCUUAUUCUGCUUUACGCCCCUACAACGCUACGGAGAAGGCCCCAUCCUGUAUUGUGUCUAACCAGAAUGCCUCCCUUGUGGAAUGUGAGCUCGGGAACCCCAUGAAGCGUGGAGCACAGGUUCGGUUCUAUCUGGUUCUGGGUACCUCUGGCAUUACCUUAGAGACCACAGAGCUGGAAGUGCAACUGGAGCUUAGCACGAUCUCAGAGCAGCCUGGGCUGGCCCCUGAGGUCGCACGAGCCCUCGUGGUUAUGGAGCUUCCUCUCUCUAUCGCUGGCAUCGCUGAGCCACAGCAGCUCUUCUUCAGUGGGGAGGUGCGGGGCGAGAGCGCCAUGAAGCGGGAGAGUGAGGUGGGCAGCCCUGUGCGCUACAAAGUGACGGUCUCCAACAGAGGCCCGUCACUGAACACGCUGGGCUCAGCCUUCCUCAACGUCCUGUGGCCCCAUGAAAUCGCCAAUGGGAAGUGGCUCCUCUACCCACUCCGGGUGGAGCUGGAAAUGUCGACUCAGCCGCAGAGGCGUACAGCCUGCACCCCAGUUCCAAACACGCUACGCCUGGCUCUGGAGCCUCCUCACCACCAAGGCAGGAAGAAGCGAGAGGCUGGCCGGGCAGGCACUGCCAGUCAGACGCUGACUUAUUGGGAGAGGCGAAAAAAUGUCACCUUGGACUGUGAUUUGGGCACUGCUCACUGUCAGCACUUCCAGUGUCCUCUCUACAGCUUUGACCGCUCAGCCGUGCUCACCCUCUGGGGCCGCCUCUGGAACAGCACCUUUUUGGAGGAGUACGCAGCAGUGACGUCGGUGGAAGUGAUUGUGCGGGCCAGCAUCACAGUGAAAUCCACCAUCCGCAACCUGUUUCUGAAGGAUUCCACAACGCAGAUCCCAGUGACUGUCUACCUGGACCCUAGUGUGGCCAUGGCACGUGGGGUGCCAUGGUGGAUCAUCCUCAUUGCUAUUCUCGCUGGGAUCCUCGUGCUGGGCCUGCUGGUUUCCAUCCUAUGGAAGCUGGGCUUUUUCAAGCGUACCCGCUAUGAAGAAGCCAAGGUACCACAGUAUCACGCAGUCAAGAUCCCCCGGCAGGAACGCCAGCUUUUCCGUGAGGAGAAGACAGGCACCAUCACCAAGAAGGACUGGAUUACCAAUUGGAAUGGGGACAGUGAUGGCCAUGUUCCUGCCUCAGCCUAGAUGCAUCCACAUUUCAUCCUCCUUUGGCAAGCCGCUGACUGGUAGGAAGUGGCCACUGCGGGACGGCUCUGGUGGCACCAGCCUGCUCUCCUCUCUGGAAGACCUGUGAACACUGAACUGACCCUUCCCGAGAAGACUGUCAGCAGAUAAUUCAGGGAGACGCGUGCUUUAGCACUUAUGACAAACAGAUUCUACAAGGCCAAAGAUUCUUAGGGUUUAUCCUGGUACUCUUUUUUUCCUUGAAAAGCUGGGUAGAACCUGACCUGAGAAACUGAUCAGGUGCCAAAGGGCACCUCUGCUUUGCUUGGAUCACCCGCUUUCCCAGUUUCCCCUGAAGAAUCAUCUGAUGAGAAUAAAUCCGUGCACUCUGCUGUUGAGUGGUGGAACUGUACGUCAUCACCUGUUCACUGUGAAUGUGGAAUUUAUUUGCUCUGAGAGCCAAUUUUAUUGGGGGAGCGGGGUGUGUUUGUGUGGAGACAGAGCUUAGAUUCUUUGGGUUUGUGACCGGGUUUCAAAGCCUGCAAGCUUUUUGUAAUUUAUAAUCUUUCUAAUUACACUUAAGGCCUGAACUUGAUGGCCAAGGCGGAUCUAAAAUGAAAUGCUUUACUACUAGAAGUCUUUACUACUGUUAUCAAAGGGGUGCCACUGUAAGAUCUGCUCACUUGCUCUCCAAGGGAUUGCUACCAUCUCCGAAAACAAACAAGACAGUCACAUCCCUACCCUGUGACAACAUGCACAGGUCAAUACAGCCUGUGAAGGGAAUUCCGUUCACUAUUGCUGUGUAGUGAAUAGCAGUGGAAGGACAUGUCUCCCCAAGAAACAAACUUGAGAAACCCUUGUGUCUGCUCAGAAUGCAACAGGAUACUAUUCCAGGCUUUCUAAUGCCUCCUUGGCCACCGCAAGGCAGGGGCAGCCUUGGCUAUGUUGGCACAUGCACACACAAAUAAAUACACGUCUUGGGUAACCUUAGACAUCUGUCUUUCUGGCCACAGUUCUUUAGAACAUUUAAAAUAUAGGCUGGUUUAAUACCCCUGGUGUUUCUCAGUUCCUUUGGGUGUUCCGAAUCCUGCCUUCUUUGAUGCCUGUAUCCACAUGGUGAUGUGCAGGUAUAUACACACAGCUGCUUCCCUCCUUCGUGGCAUACAAAGCAAGUGCAAAGAGUGCCCUGCCCUGCUCUAGAAUGUACAUAUUUCAGCUUCAGGAAGAACAGGGGGCUCUGCUUUCCUGCUUCUCUUCAUGCCGUAAUCCAACUCCAUGUUUUCUACCUAGAUACAUUUUUUUUCCUUCCUUUCAAAGUGCUGAGGUUGGGGUGGACUAUUGCUGUUGAUCUUCCAGAACCUCUACCCUAUGCAGACUAACCCAGGGGUGUCAGACGUAUGGCCCAUGGGCCGGAACUGGCCCAUCCAGGGAUCUUACCUGGCCAGCAAGCAACUGGUCACUACCUUUAUUGCCAGAUGACAGAGGUUGUGUGUUAUGUCCCUGUACACUGUCCCAGUUCUAAUGAGUAAUGGGUGGUGGAAGUUGGAGGGUGGGCAUCAGGGAGAUACUUUAAGGAA